AUGGGAAAAGAUGAGCCAAACCCUGAUGAUGUGAUAGUACAUAUUACUAGGUUAAGAGGAAAGCUUGGUUUGCAAACUGUAUUACUACAGAACAAACGUUCUGAGACUGCAAUUAAGAAGAUCACUCUAAAGGAACCAUUGAAAGAUGAUGGAGAAUUUAUAUAUUGCCUUCCUCGGAAUAAUCCUAAAGUUCCUUACAAUCCAUAUGAUCUUCAGGUAGUCUCUGCUCACACAGCUAAACAUUGCAAAGAAUUUUGGAUUAUUACUGCUUCAUUUAUUUCAAAGGUUACUAAAGUAGGUAAUACAGAACAUACAGAACUCUUACCUAUUAUGGAGUGGCUAAUGGAAAGAAAAUAUUACUACUUACUACAGACUUUCAGGAUAUUUUUCAAUUUCCGAAUUAAUAAAGCAUUUGUUACCUGGAAAGUUAAUGUUAAAAGAAUUAAGACAGAAAAGAGCAGGUCAUAUUUGUGCCGUCAUCUUUUUUUGACUGAUGAGUCAUUUCAAGGCUGUUUGCUUUACAUUAGAGGACUUUGUGAAGAUGCAGUUAACCUUAAAAAAGGUAAUGGACAUAAAGAUAAUCCAUCUGCCAUAUACCUUAUAAAGCUGGAUAGGUCUCGUACCUAUUCUCUAGAUGAGUUUUGUGAAGAACAAUUACAGCAAGCUUCCCAGGCAUUGAAACAACUGGAGAAUAUCAGGGAUAAAGCAAUUUCAGAGAUGAAAACUACAAUAUUAAAGAAUGCAUCGUUAGCAAGUGAUUUUGAAGAAUGUUCACACCUACAUGAUACUCAAGUUCUAAACUCAGAAGUAAAAACAGAAGCUGAUAUGAAUGAGAUUUUGAAUAGUAUUCAACAGAAGAUAGAUUUGAGAAAAAUAUAUGCACCAAUAUUUGAAGUACAUUUACGUUUGAGAAUUCCUGCUGAGAGUUUUUCUCCAGAAAAUUCUGAGGAAAACAUUGGUGAAGCUGACAGGUGCUCUGGGAAAUCCAUCAUGUGUUUUGAAGAUGAAAUGUCAGAUGAUUAUAGUGAAGAACUGCCCACAAAAGUUGAGAAAAAAAGAAAAUUUAGUUACAACCUUGAAGGACGUCUUUUAGAAAUGGAAAUAGCAACUGAGUCUGAGAAUAAAUGCACAUAUGAAGAACUUUCAGAAUUCCCUACAAAUCUCUUUAUAGUUCCCAACAGAUUGGAAUUUUCAAUAAAAAUUCAAAAUAUGGUGACUAAUAUUGAAAAAUGUAUAACCACAAUUAUUCCUCUUUGCCAAGAUCCCCGUCUGUCUGUUUUUAUUGAUUUGGCUUCAAUUGUGGAUUUACCUAAUAAGACAGAAAAUGUAAGAGGAAGUAAGAAGAGCAAAUGGCCAGAUUGUCAGAUCCUUUUUGAAACAGACCCUGUCUACCAAAAUAAAAUUGUGAGUCUCCUAACUAUUAUUGGGAAUUCGAUGGGACUAGUUAAUACUUACAGCUACAAAUUUCUAAAGUAUUGUACCAUAGUAGAAAAAGCCAAAAUCUUGAGUAUGAAAAUGUCAUCUAUGAAAGGAGAAUUAACUUCAACACAGUUUAAAAAUAUACUAGAUAAAUUCAGAAAAUACCUUAUAUAUAUCGUGAAUAUGACCGUUGAAAAACGCAUUGGUAUUUUCAAAGUUAUGAGUAUUGAUUAUCAGUCAGAAUGCUUACCAUAUGUUGAUGAUGUCAUAAAUAAGUGCCACACAUGCUUGAGACUUAUAAUACAACAAAAGAAUGAAAGUCUAUUGGAAGUAAUAGAAUCAGCAUUGAGAAAGCUGGAAUGUGAACCCACUAAUGUAGAAGAAUUUAUGGCACAUUUUACUUUUUUGGAUGCCAUUUCUAUAAAAAUAUCUAAACUAGAAAAAGAGUACUUAAUAAUUGCACAGCUGAAUGCACUUGUAAAGUAUUACCAGAUACAUAUUCCAGAAGAGCAAGUUGCCAUAUAUAAAAUCCUUCUGAUCAAGUUUAGUCAACUAAAAGCAUCCAUGAAGUUAAGUGAAACACAUAAAGACACUGCUUUUGCUAAAUUCAGGGAAAAUUUGGAAGCAUGUGUCACUGGUCUACAGGUUAAUGCUAUUAAUUUAAAGGCAAAGAUAAGAAAUCCUGUUCUGUUAUGUACUAGUACUCGAGUUUCAUCCGCAGUGGAGAUGAUCAAGACUCUCUCAGAGGAAGUUGCAGCUUUAUCUAACAAAGCUAAAACAUAUGCAAGUUACCAGGAACAUUUUGAUGAUUCCCAAUCUCAUAUGCAGUCUUUUAAUAUGGAGGAAACUACACAGGCUGUACUUUCAGAGGUCUCUGAAAUUGAAUGUGACUUGACUUUGAGAAAAUUAUUGUGGGAUGCACAAGAAGAAUGGAAAACACUCUUCUGGGAAUGGAGAAACAGUACUCUUCAAACUAUUGAUAUAGAAUCCGUACAAAGAAAUGUUUCAAAAUGGAUGCACCUCAUCUUAGUACUCGAAAAAGGUUUGCCUAAAAAUGAUAUGGUAGCACAGUUUAAGCAAUCAGUGGCAGAUUUUAAACAAGAACUGCCAAUCAUCAUAGCUCUGGGAAACCCCUAUCUAAAGCCAAGGCAUUGGGAGGCUCUCCAUGAGAUUAUUGGAAAGUCAAUUUCCCUUGAUAAAAACUGUUCAGUUGAGAAUCUUCUAGCACUCAAGAUGUUCCAGUAUGAAGGUGAAAUUGAGGAAAUAUCAAUAGCAGCAACUCAGGAAGCUGCUCUUGAAAAAAUGCUAGAUAAGAUUAUUGAUCUAUGGAACACUACUCCUUUGCUUUUGGUUCUUCAUCACACAGAGGCUUCCUCUGUCCUAAUAAUCUCUUCUAUAGAUGACAUAUUAGCUCAGUUAGAAGAGUCUCAAGUCAUACUUGCAACACUUAAAGGAUCUUCCUAUCUUGGGCCCAUUAAGAAUCUCGUGGUUGAAUGGGAUCAAAACUUGACUCUCUUCUCUUAUACUCUGGAGGAAUGGAUGAAUUGUCAAAGAACUUGGCUUUAUCUUGAACCAAUUUUUCUUUCUUUAGAAAUACAAAGGCAGCUUCCAGCAGAAGCAAAACUUUUCUCUAAAGUGAUUUCCAUAUGGAAAGAUGUAAUGUCAAAAAUACAAAACAAACUGAAUGCUUUGCAAAUAACUACCUCUGCAGGAGUCCUAGAAAUUAUGAAAAAUUGUAAUAUAUAUCUUGAAAAUAUAAAGAAAAGUCUUGAGGACUACCUUGAAAUUAAAAGAAUGAUUUUUCCAAGAUUUUACUUUCUUAGCAAUGCUGAACUUCUAGACAUUCUAGCUUCCAGUAAAAAUCCUGAGUCUGUACAGCCUCAUCUUGUGAAAUGUUUUGAAAAUGUAAGGCAUUUAAUGAUAUACCAACAAGAAAUUGGCCCUCCUGCUGUGAUUAUGCUGGUGUCUGCUGAAGGAGAAAGUCUCGUGCUGCCAAAGAAAAUUCGAGUAAGAAAUGCUGUAGAACAGUGGCUAGUAAAUGUAGAGAAAAGCAUGUUUGAUUUGUUAAAAAAGUAAUGAUCAUAUUUCUAUUUUAUCUUUCAGACCCAGAUCAUGUUUUAUAACGAUUGUAUCAAAAGUUUUAUGAGUUCUCAUUCAAAAGAAGAUUUGGAAAAAGUCUAUGUUGGUGUGAUAGAUCAUCUAAAAGAAGUUUCAGAUCUGGUAGUGCUGAACAUCAGUAACUCUCGAACAAAUGCCUUACUCGGAGCAUUGCUUACCCUUUGUGUUUACUGUAGGGAUAUAGUGAGAAAUCUACUACUUAAAAAUAUCUUCAAUGCAGAAGAUUUUGAAUGGACAAGCUCCCACUCCGGGACUGCGCCCACCCACUGCGGAGCUUGGGGCGCGGGGCUUGAGUGGACUAGUUCGGAAGGUGAGCGUGCCCGGAGAGCGGGUGGGGCCACAGGAACUGGCACGGUCUUCCACAACUUACAUCAUCAUCAGGCAAAUGGUGGUUCAGGAAAAGCUGAGGCUAUCAAAGACCUAGCGAAAAACUUAGGCAAACAUUGUGUGGUCUUCAACUGUUUUGAGAAUUUGGAUUAUAAGAUAAUGCGGAAAUUCUUGUUUGGACUAGUUCAGUCUGGAGCAUGGUGUUGUUUUGAUGAAUUCAAUCAAAUUGAUGUGGAAGUUCUCUCUGUCAUUGCCUCACAGAUCCUAACAAUUAAGGAAGCCAAAGACAGCUAUUCUGUUAGGUUUGUACUGGAAGGAAAAGAAAUUCGUAUCAAUAUGUCUUGUGGGAUAUUCAUCACCCUGAAUCCUGGAUACAAAGGUCGAGUAGAACUCCCAGACAACUUGAAUUCUCUGUUUCGCCCAGUGGCAAUGAUUGUACCUCAUUAUAAAAUGAUUGCUGAAAUAAUGCUAUUUUCACUUGGCUUCAAGUCUUCAGAAACCCUCUCUGGAAAGCUAGUUAAGCUUUACGAAUUAGCUAGCAAAUACCUCUUGCAACAGGAUCACUAUGAUUUUGGCAUGAGGUCCCUGAAGACGGUGUUAAUAAUGGCUGGAAAGAAGAAACAGGAGUUUAAAUGUCUCUCUGAAACAGAUGAAACUCUGAUUGUUAUCCAGGCUAUAAGAGAAGCUAGUUUACCAAAAUUUAUUUCUAAUGACGUCCCAAUUUUUGAAAAGAUUAUAGGAGAUAUUUUUCCCGGAGCUACAGUUACCAACAUAGAUCAACUUGCUUUGAAGAUUCCAGGAAGAAAAGGAAAAGUAGAUGUCUGUGUUUUAAAUCCAAAGUGUAUCACUCUUGGUGAACUAUAUGGACAACUGAAUCCUAAUACAAUGGAAUGGACUGAUGGGUUAUUAUCAGUAGCAAUUCGAAAUUAUGUAUAUUUUAAUACUAAAAGGCAAUCAAAGAAAGACAUGGAUCUUGGAUUAAAGUCAAGAAUCUCAGACAUAUCUAAUGUUUUCAAACUUGAUUCCUCUGAUGCAGCAGUUGUUGACAGUAUUGUAGAGAAGGAUAUGGGUAAAAAUGUUAAAAUUACAAAAAAUCAGAACUUUGAUUGGCAGUGGAUUAUUUUAGAUGGUCCAGUGGAUACCCUGUGGGUAGAAAAUCUAAACUCCAUGCUAGAUGACACAAGAACAUUGUGCCUAGCAAACAGUGAGAGAAUAGCUUUAACCGAUAAAAUAAGAAUAAUUUUUGAAGUGGACAGCCUCUGUCAGGCCAGUCCAGCCACCGUUAGCCGAUGUGCAAUGGUCUACAUGGAUCCUGUUGAUCUGGGAUGGGAGCCUUAUGUUAAAUCAUGGCUUUUGAAAACUUCUAAAAUUAUGAGUCAAGAAGGAGUGGACUGUCUUGAAUUCAUGAUUUAUAAAAGUGUCACAGAUGGACUACAAUUUCUAAAGAAGCAUCAGAAAUUUCAGCCAUUUCCUGUACAGGAUAUAACAAUCAUCAUAACUCUCUGCAGAAUUCUCGAUGCUUUCUUUGAAUUUAUGAGCCAAAAUGGAGGCUUUGGACAAAGCAUCCACUUACCAACUGGUAAAUGUUCUAUCUUUGGGUAUUUUGUGGAUAUGCAGCAAUGUGAAUUCAUACCUUGGUCAGAAUUAGUUCCUAGUGCUCAGGCACUAGUUCAAAGAGGAACUUCAUUACUAGCUGACCCUCAAGGAACCAAUGAAAACCUCUUGAAGAUAAAUGAAUAUGGACAGCAUAUUAAUCAUACAGCUACCAGAGAUACAACAUGCCUUUCUUUCCUAAUAACCCUUCUUUUAAAGAAUUACUACCCUGUACUUCUCACAGUUAGUGUCAACUCAUCUUCAAGUAGUUUAACUGAAUUCAUAAAAAAGGCAAACGAGAAAUUUCAGACAAAUCAUUUAUCUAUAACUAUCCACCUGAAACAGAAUAUCAGCAUCUUGAUUUCUGAGACUCAAAAAAUAUCAACUGGAAAUUCAGAUAAGACUGCUAAAAAGUCAGAAGUUAGAACUGAUGAAAGUUCAUUAAAAAAUAAAGGAAUUAUAGUCUGCACGAUAAAAUUUAGCACUAAUAUGACAGCUGCCAAAACCAAGGACAUGAUUCUUAAGAAGUUAAUAAGAAGAACUAAAGACACUCUUGGAGCACCAAAAAACAACAGGAUUGUACUAUUUGUUGAUGAUCUGAAUAUGCCAGUAUCAGAAAUAUAUGGAGCACAACCACCACUGGAAUUGAUCAGACAAUUAUUAGAUUUGGGAGGAAUUUAUGAUACUGAAAAAAUUGCAUGGAAGAAUAUUCAAGAUCUCGCUCUAGUUGCAGCUUGUGUUCCUCCAGUUGGUGGCAGAGAUAUUUGCCCACGCCUCCUCAAACAUUUUUCCAUACUGGUAUUGCCUCAACCUCCACAAAGUGCCUUAAGUACUAUUUUCCAGGCUCAUUUGGAAAUUUAUUUUUCCAUAAAUAACUUCGCAUCUGAAGUGCAGAAAAGUAAGGAUCAACUAAUAUCCUGUUCACUAGCUGUAUACUAUCAAGUACGUCAGAGUAUGUUACCAACCCCAACAAAGUGUCACUACAUGUUUAAUCUUCGAGAUAUGUUAAAGCUUCUUCUAGGAUUGCUGCAAGCUGACAAGGCUGUUAUUAACUCUAAAGAGAUGGCUGCUCUGCUCUUUGUUCAUGAAGCCACUCGAGUGUUUCACGAUCGCUUAAUUGAACCCACUGAAAAAGGACUUUUCUAUCAAUUUCUUUCUAAGGAGAUUCACAACUGUUUUCAGAUUGGAAUAGACGGAUGUGGAAAAGCGACUUGUACAACUUUGGCCUGUUAUUUGACAGAACACAAACUCUACCAAGUGCCUGUAUCUCACAAUAAUGCCUACCUAGAAUUCAAAGAAGACUUCAAAAAAGUGUUCAUUCAGACAGGAUUGGAAGGAAGCCCCACUGUUUUGAUGGUUUCUAAUUUAAACAUAGAUCAAGAGUCAUUUUUGGAAGAUUUGAACUGUAUUUUCAAAUCGGGAAAAAUACCUGACUUGUUUGAAAAUGAAGAGCUGGACUCUAUUGCACAAAGGAUUAGAUCUCACGCAGAAGAGGCUGGCUAUACGGAUAAUAGUAGGGAAUCUUUGCUUUCAUUCUUCCAAAAGAGAAUACAUAAAAACCUUCAUAUUUUUAUGACCAUGAGCCCUGCAGAGCCUAACUUUCGCCAAAGUUGUAGAACAUACCCUUCUAUGAUUAGCUCCUGCACAAUCAAUUGGUAUGAGAAGUGGCCAGAAGAAGCUCUCCUUGUGGUAGCCAAUUCUUUCUUAACAGAAAAGGUGAAUUUGGAGAAAAGAAAGAAUUUAAUUGAAAAACUUGCCCCAACAUGUGUCCAAAUCCACAAAAGUAUUACAGACUUGAGCAUAAAGUUCUUUCAGGAAACUAGAAGACAUUAUUAUAUCACUCCCAGGAGCUACUUGCAAUUCAUGGAUACAUUUGCACGUAUUUUGAAGUCACGAGAGAAAGAGACGCAAAUGAAGAGGAAUCGUUUUCAUAUGGGUCUAUCAAAGAUCCUGGAAGCAACCACACUAGUUACAGAUAUGCAGGAGGAGCUCCUAAAUCUUGGUCCUCAGAUAGAACAAAAAACAAAGGAAACAGAAAUACUUAUGGAAAAAUUACAGAAGGAAUCACAAGUAGUUGAGAAAGUUCAGUUGCUUGUUAAACAGGAUGAAGAAAUUGUGGCAGAAGAAGUAAGAAUUGUGGAAGAAUAUGCUCAGAAAACUACCAAUGAGAUUAAAAGUGUUCUGCCAGCUUUUGACAAGGCAAUCGUGGCUUUAAAUGCUUUGGACAAAGCCGAUGUUGCUGAAUUAAGAGUAUAUACAAGACCUCCCUUCCUUGUACUGACUGUCAUGAAUGCGGUUUGUAUUCUUCUGCAAAAGAAACCUAACUGGACCACAGCAAAAUUACUUCUUUCAGAAACAGGCUUCCUUAAAAAACUGAUAAACCUUGACAAAGACAGCAUACCUGAGAAGGCUUUUAUGAAGCUGAAAAAAAUUUUAAGCUUACCUGAUUUCAAUCCAAACAAGAUUGCUCUGGUUUCUGUUGCUUGUUGCUCUAUGUGCCAGUGGGUUAUAGCUUUGACUAACUACCAUGAAGUACAGAAGGUGAUAGGCCCUAAACAAAUUCAAGUAACUGAAGCUCAAAAUGUCCUUCAAAUUGCAAGACAAAGGUUGGCGGAGAAACAAAGAGGUUUACAAAUGAUUGAAGAACAUUUGCUGUCUUUGCAAGCAACCUACAAAGAUAUUAUUACUGAAAAAAUACUGCUAGCAAACCGGAGAAAACUAGCCACGAAGCGCUUACAAUGUGCAUCUGUCUUACUAAGUGCUCUGGAAGAUGAGAAGAUUCGAUGGCAAGAAACAAUAAAUCAAACAGACAAGAAGUUGAGAGGAAUUUUGGGUGACAUACUUAUUUCAGCAGCUUGCAUUGUCUACAGUGGAGUAUUAACAGCAGAAUUUCGUGAGCUGAUUGUGAAUCAAUGGGAGAAUAUCUGUGCUGAAAAUAACAUUUCUUUGUCUUCAAACUUUUCACUAACCCAAGUCAUGACACAAAAAAAUGAGAUCCGCCGAUGGCAUAACCAGGGACUGCCUCUUGGUAAGUAUUCAGCAGAGAAUGCCAUCUUGAUCAAAAACGGCCAGCAGUGGCCCCUGCUGAUUGACCCACAUAAACAAGCACACAACUGGAUCCGUCAGAUGGAAGGGUCCAGACUGCAGGAGGUCUCCAUUGAAGACAGCAAUUACACCAAAAAAAUGGAAAACGCUAUGAAAACAGGAGGGAGUGUUCUUUUACAGAAUCUCCCGGAAACAUUAGCUCCAAGUUUAAAAGCAAUUUUGAAGAAGGAUAUCUAUAAGAAAAGAGGAAAAUAUUUCAUAAGGAUUGAUGAUUUUGAGACUGAAUACAAUUGCAAUUUUAGGUUAUACAUAUCUACAGAAAUAGCCAACCCUCAUUUUUAUCCAUCAGUUCAUAACUUUGUCACUAUGAUCAACUUCACGGUAACAUUCCAAGGUUUACAAGAUCAACUCUUAUCUACUGUUGUAAUGCAUGAAGUCCCUCAUUUAGAAAACCAACGUUUCCAGUUGGUGGAGAAUAUUUCCCUUGAUGCUAUAACUCUUGAAGAAUUGGAGGAAAAAACAUUAAAUUUACUGCGUAAAACACAAGGAUGCAUAUUAGAUGAUGAAGAUAUCAUAGACAUUCUAAGAAAAUCCAAAUCGACUUCAAGUGAAAUUUCAAAGCGCAUCAAAGCAACAGAGAAAGCAGAAUGUGACAUUCAAGCAACACGUAAAAACUACCUGCCCAUUGCUACCCAAGGCGCCCUGCUCUACUUUCUAGUAGCUGAUCUCAAACACAUCAACUAUAUGUACCAGUUUUCCCUAGACUGGUUUCGUCAGGUUUUUGUUUUAUCGGUAGUUUCCAAGAGCAAAGAACAAGAACACGUUAACUCAGCUUCUAGUCUGAAAAAGGAGGGAAAAGUUAAUGAAAUUACAAACCUCUCAAAAGAACCUAACUUGGAAAGUGAAAAAAAUUCCUUGAAUAAGCAUAUUAAAAAUGCAAUAGAGGUGUUGACAAGAAAUGUUUUUAAGGUGGUUUCUUCAGCUCUAUUUAAUCAGCAUAAACUUUGCUUCUCCUUUCGGCUUUGUACGGCAAUCAUGCAAAAUAAUGUGACUGAAAAUCUAAUGUGGAAUGUUGGUUCCCUGUCAGAAUACGAAUGGAACAUCUUCUUAAAUUCUGUCAUGUUGAUAAAUACUAAAGGUGUAAUGCCUCAGCCUAAAAUAAACAGCAUAUUUGAAAGAUGUAAAAGUCAACAUCUUCAGUGGCUGUCGGAAUCCAAAUGGAAGCAGUGCCAAUAUGUCAACAGUCAGUUGGAACCAUUUUCACUUCUGUGUAAAUCUCUUCUAUCAAAUAAAUCACAAUGGGAUGUUUUUAAUAAUAGUAAGACUCUGUAUUUUCUGAUGAGCAUACCCUUCAUAUCAGAAAAGGCUUCACUGGAGAAAAGUAAGAAAAUAAAAAUUCUUCGACCUGAGUGUUUAAAGAAUGCAGUGAGAAAAUUUGUAACUGAAAACAUGGGAAAUGAGUAUCUUCAUACUACUGAAAUUAAUUUGAAAGAACUGUAUAAAGAAUCCAACGCCAGAACUCCAUUGUUACUUAUUCACUCUCAUGGGAUUGAUCCUACCGGUCUUCUCCUGAGAUUUGCACAGGAGUUCAAAGGAACAACACAUCAUGUGGCCAUGAUUUCUUUGGGUUGUGCUCAGGCAGAUAAAGCAGAAAACCUCAUUGUAAAGAGACUGAAGAAAGCAAAACAGUGGGUCUUCCUCCAGAACUGCCACCUUUCAGCAUCAUUCAUGCUACGACUUUCCACUAUUAUAGAAUCAUUUAAUCAUCCAGAUGUGACAAUAGACCCAGAGUUUAGGCUAUGGUUAAGCUCAAAAUCAGACAGUUCUUUCCCAAUUCCGAUUCUUCAAAAGAGUUUAAAGGUUGCAGUGGACUAUCCCCAGGGAUUGAAAAGUAAUUUACUUCAGACGUUUGGACAUAGUGGGAGUGGAGAAGUAACAGAAGAGAUAUUUGAAAAUCCUGAUUGUGGACCAUGGUGGAAAAAAAUUUUAUUCAGCCUAUGUUUUUUCAAUGCUGUGAUCAAUGAAAGAAAAAAUUAUGGAAUAUUAGGCUGGAGUCUUCCUUAUGAAUUUAACGCUUCAGACUUAGAAGUUACCAUAAAGAUGUUGGGAAAUGUCCUGAGUGGACAUUCCACUAUUCCAUGGCGGGGGCUGCGCUACCUGAUUGGUGAAGUGAUUUAUGGAGGCCGGGUGACUGAUAACUGUGACAAGCAAUGUUUAAAGACCCUUCUGUACAAAUUUUGCAAUCCUGAGGUGCUAAAAGAUGACUUCAGUUUCUCUAAAUCUGCACAUAUAAAUGACUGCAUAUGCAUUAUCCAGUCCUUACCUGAGGAUGACUCUCCAGAGGUUUUAGGAAUGCACCCUGAGGCCACAAGGAGUUGCAGGGCGACACAUGGCCAGGAGUUCAUUGAAAGCCUUAUUGCUAUGCAACCAAGAACUGCCGCCAGCAGCCUCACAGUCAGUCGUGAACAGAGUAAUGAUAAGAUAGUGAUGGAAAUUUUAUCUGACAUGUUGAAGCGGCUCCCACUGACUGUAGAGAAAGAAGAAAGUUCUGGAACUGCAAACACAUUAAAGAACAUGAUGUCAAGUCCCAUUUGGAUGUCUCUUAAUACACAUGUCAAAGGUCAUGAUCCUCUUAUCCAUUGUGUUCUGCUUACCUUUUUGAUACAAGAAAUUGAACGAUUUGAUAAGUUAUUGUCUGUCAUACAUAAUUCCUUGAAAAAUCUUCAACUCGCUUUAAAAGGAGAGAUUAUCCUUACAGAAGAAUUGGAGAAUAUAUAUGACUCCUUCCUUAAAACAAGAGUGCCUACGUUAUGGAAAAAACACUCCUACAAGUCAUGUAAGCCCCUGAGUUCCUGGGUUAACGAUCUCAUCCAGAGACUGAAUUUCUUCAAUACCUGGGCUAAAGUGGCUUACACUGCAAUACAUCGCAGGUAUAUGAGAUUUCUCACAGCGUGGAAGCAGUCCAUUCCAUCAGUUAACCCAAAAUCCAAACACCCUGCUGAAAAUGAUUUCUUUGAAGGCUUUCCUGCAAAAUACUGGCUCCCAGCCUUCUUCUUUCCAGAAGGUUUUCUUACUGCUGUACUUCAAGACUAUGGAAGAUACCAUGGAAUCUCCAUAGACACCCUCACAUUCACCCACCAAGUGAUUGCUGACACCGCUGACAUGGAAAUUGUGGAGUUCUCCAGAAUGAUCCAAAAAAAACUCAACAUUGUGAGGAGAGCCUUUCAGGGCACAGACUCAUCACAUUUUGGAGUUCAUAUUUUUGGUCUGUUCAUUGAUGGAGCAAGAUGGAAUCAUGAACAAAAAAUAUUAGAUGACUCACUGCCUUUUGAAAUUUGUUGCUACUUUCCUGAAAUUUACUUCUUACCAACAAAGAUUCCUACUGAAAAACCAAAAGCUUCUGGCCAGACAGACUUAGAACUUUAUACUUUUGAAUGCCCCCUUUACCAGACACCGCAAAGGUCAAGAAUUUUGACAACUACCAGUUUAUCCACGAGCUUUUUAACAUCGGUGUGUUUACCAACACAGAAACCACCUAGUCACUGGAUAAAACUGCGGGUUGCAUUACUGUGUGAGAUGAAAGAAUGA